AUGUCCAAUCGAGUAAUCGAUCCAGGUGUAACUAUUAAGACUUAUGAUAUACUUAAUUGUGAUGUUCGACAAACUAAAUCUCGGUCGUCGAACAUAGUCAGUGCAUUGACUACCAGUCAAUCUAUUCCGCAAAGUGUUAUUACCGACGAUUUUGUGAAGAAAAGCGAAGUACCAUCUUAUGAUGUUCAUCAACGUGAAGCUAAACGCCAACGCCAGCUUGAACGAAGUAAAUCCAAAGGUAAAAAUUGGUAUAACAUGCCCGCACCCGAACUGACCGAAGAAAAGAAAAACGAUCUACUCGCCAUUCAAAUGCGCGGUGGUUUAUAUGCAGAUAAGUUCUUCAAAAAAGGAAGUGAUACCAAAGGUCUUCCAAAAUACUUCCAAACCGGAACCGUUGUUGAUAAUCCAGCUGAUUUCUAUCGACGCAUACCAAAGAAAGAUCGCAAGAAGACUAUUCUCGAAGAGCUCUAUAAUGAUACUAAAGUGAAAAAGUUUAGUAAAAAACGUUAUACAGAAAUCAAAGAAACAAAUCGUCGACGUUUUUCGGCAAUGAAACAUAUGAAACGUUUGAAAAAUAAAAAGAAAUGA